AUGUCUGACGAUUGGUUCUCUCACAAGCUCUAUCCAUACGGAGACGGCAACACCGAAGAUAGAUGCCACCCUGAAGAAGCACAAGCACUAAAAGACUACUUGCACCACCGAAAAGCCUCAAUUGAGGCCGCCCGAGCCACCACUCAUCCUAUCAGCGUUGCAGUUAACCCCAAAGACGAUUUUCACCGCCUUUGGGGCCCUCUCAUAGAUGCCUUUAUGGAGCUUCCAAGAGAGCACACAGAGCCACUCAUAGCACUUUUACAAGCCACCAAAGACCUGCCAGAUCCCGAGGUCAUAGCCAAGAACAGCGGCCGGCACGAUGACAGCUUUUGGGAAGAAUCACAGGGGUUUGGUAAUUUGUGGUCGGAUGUUGUUGCGGUAUCGGUCGAUAUGUAUCCAACUUACCUCUGGAGGAGUAUUGUUGAGCCGACUAAGGGCGAAAGGCGCGAUAUACUGAGGGUGGAUCACGCGAGGAGAGCGGAGGUUGAGGCGAGACUAGUCACCGUAGGUCUCGCUGGUAUUAGAAUUGACUGGGGGUAUGAAGCUGUUGUUGAUGCUCUGGAGAGUAGUAAUGCGACACUCGACUUUGAGAUUCCAGUCAUGGCAGAGUGGCUUGUGAUCUGUGGCAAGCAGCUCUGGGGUGGCGCGAGGAUGAACAAGAAGAGCUGGGGGCUGAAGGCCAGGGAUCGCGAUCCCUUGAAGGAUUUGUGGAGGAAAAAUGAUGAUUAG